GCUUAUACAGUAUGGACCACCAUACGCGUCACGCGCCAAUGCAUAUCGCCAUAGCUUCGUCCCUCGUCCUGCUCUCUUAGACCCCAAUUUCCGGAAUACAUUCCCGCACCCAGACAUAUGCUCUAGUCACGAUGUCCAAACACUCUGCACAGGUCUCGCAUCUGCCUCUGCAACUCGCCGACCUGGUCCCUCUUCCUUUUUCUCCCUUUCUCUCUGCCCAAACCCCCUAUACCGCUCAUCCGCAUAAUCCCGUCUCAGCAUCUGACACCCGCGUCAGCACUGGCACGCACAAACUUGCCCUUUUCCAUGCAUCCGCAGUCGGGUCCGUGAUUCAAUGAGGCAGUCAGAGACACCGGAUGUCGUGAUAGAGAAAAAAAAGAAGUACGGUAAAUAUGAUGUAAAACAAACCGCAAACCAAACCCAAACCCAGAAAAGUAACACCUGCCUGCCUUUCCCCCCGUUAAAACAAAGAAAACAAGGGAAAAGCAAGACAAAAAACCGGUACAACGAAGAAUACUCCCCCCCCCCUUCCCCCAGACCGACUUCCAGAAGCACCAUCCGUUCAGCGACAUCUUACAAAACAAAUACUGAACCCGGAACUUCAGAAACAAUGAAGGGCGCGUAGAUAUGGCGGUGUGAUACAACCUCCCACUUCCUUCUUUGCUUUUUCCCUUCUGUGUUACUGGAAUAUUUGCUUUUCCCCCUUCGUCAAAUCGACAAACCCACUAUACCCCAUUUAGCCACCGAACGAAAAUAAAUC